ACAUUGGUUACAGGCGGGCAAUUUGAGCGGACUUCGUUGUCGCUGAGGUGUCGUUCGCUGUGGCUGCUGUAGUUAUUGUAUUUACAAACGAAACGGUUCCGUAUUUUUCACCCAGAGGAGGUCAGCAUGAAUGAAGCAGCGUCUGGGGCUCCGAUGGCGGAGUGUGAUAACCUUCAGAGGAGACGUUCGCCGCGCCUGAGUUCUCUUCAGGCUAAAAGUUUUAGCAACAUGGCGCCUGCGAUUACUAUUAAACGCUCCAUCACCGUGAGGAAAAUUGCACCCAGGAAAACAGCCGCACUCACGGAGCACAACAAGGAGAACACACCGAGAGUAUCGGACCCCAGCCGACAGAAAGAGACGAAGGUUUCUACUCCGAGUCCUCCUGAAUGCAGAGUGACGCCCCUGAAGGAGCAGGCCGCUGUUCUGGCUUUUUCGCCGCCUGUUUCCUGCUCCCAGCAGCCGGCGGUGGACGCACAGGAUGCGGCUUGGUCGCAGAAGGUGCGCCGCUCCUACAGCAGGCUCAGCGACAAGUCAUUUAACGACUCCCGUGAGAAUAUGUUCGGCUUUGAGAAGCUCCAAACCCCUGAGGUCGGCCGCAGAGACAGGCAGUCCAGGUCCGGUCUGGAGGCUUCUGGCUGCUUAUCCAGACUGGCCUCUUUCACGUCCUUGCUGGAGGCGGAUGACUCUGCGUCAGUGUUCCCUGAGCCGGAUCCCAACAUCCCUGGAGUGGCCGUGGUAAAAGAGAAGAAGAGGAGGAGGAAGGUCCAGCAGAUUGACACCGCUGAGCUGGACGCCUUGGCUGCCAGGAUGAACGCAGAGUUUGAAGAGGCAGAAGGUUUUGAGCUGGUGGUGGAGUAGGAGAAGGAGAUGCUGUAAAACUAAAGAAACUUAACACCAGCAUGUUUUUGUUGCUGGUAUCCUGAAAAACUGAAUGUGAGUGGUUUGAUGAAAUAAUUGUGAGCUGUUUCAAGAACUGAUUGCUUGUGCAAAUUCAGUUUUUAUUAACUGUCUUUUACAGUUAGAGGAUCCUUGGGGACCCCUGGAGUGACUGUCAAAAAAAAAAAAAAAAAUCCUCAGAUGAGGAGCGGCACUUGCAUUGUGAUUUGUGAGGUAACAUAAACUGUGACAUUUUGGGCAUGUGUUUUUUCUGGCCGUGAUUCAACACACAGGCCUCGCCGUUGAAGGGCUGAGCAACUGGAAAAGGCCAAGGGGAGUCGCUCACAUUUCACCUUGCUCCAACAGGUAGAUGGCUACUUUCGAGCGGUGGCAAUGAACCGGUUGCCUGGAUGAUUGCCCCGCCCAGGAACCUAGCUAUUUUUCUGCAUUGUGGUGGAUGUAGUGACAUGAUACCAAAGUGGGCUCCCAGAUCUGACCCGAUCUUUUAGUGUAAAAUGAUAUUGGUCUCGCAAUUCUGUGUCUGUUUAUACACUGUCCUGAUGUAAGACAAAUUUAGGCCUGAAAUGGCUCAUUUUACACUUUUCUUCACAUGACAAAAAGUCCAGAUAUGGACUUUUUUGUGCUGGGAGACAUGCCCACUGAGCUUGCCUGGAUAUAUAGACAUGCCCCUUCUGUCAGAGACACCUGGUGAAUGAUGUCCACUUCAUACUGAGCAGGUGUACUGCCAUGACCGUGCGAUCAGCAGCAAAGCUUCAUGAAUCACAUGCAAACAAAAGGCCUACUUGACAUGACCCACUGUGUCAGCAUUCCUGUUAACUUUGAUAUAUAAUCAAAUAACUACAAUUUAUGUUAAAACAUUCCAACAUGAUCCAUAAUAGGAGGUUCAGUGGUCCUCAUCUAUACCUAUUAGCCAUAAAAUUCCACAGCUGGAUAUGCAGUAGUUGUUAUGCAGUUAGUGAUGGAAAUUUUGUAGACUUACUCACUGACUGCCUGAUUCUUAUAUCUGUCCUUGUCCUGCUAAUCAACAGAAGUAAAAUGUCAAUCUCUAACUUGUUCCGUUUUCUUGCUUGAACAUGAUGUCUUUGCUCAUUCUUUUCUCUUAUUUGAGAUAAAGUGGUUGCAAGUUUGGAAGACUGGUUUUAGCAUUUUAAGCUUCUUUGAACACACAUUAUCUUUCUUAAACUAGUUUAAGAAAGAUAAUAUCUUUAAAGUACUUUAAACA